AUGCAAUUCGCCUUCAACGUCAUCUGCGUCAACGAUGCCGCCAACGGAACUCUUGUUGACGACAUUGCUCAGAAGUUGCUCAGCUAUCAACCAAGUCAGGAAAAUAUCACCAACAUUGCCGCUCAGGAAUCGAAAAGCAACAACAACACCUCGGAAACUGAUGAAGGUAUGGAAGCCGAAGGAGAAUGGGUUCAAAAUGCAAAUCCAGAGGAGAUCGAGGAAGCAAAGCAUCUGUUGGAUCCAGUCCACAUGGACUUCCAACAUACCACCAAACCACUUGCCUUCGUGUUCCUCAUCAUUCUCGUCACUCUUGCCAAACCGACUCUCCACUGGCCAGGACUCCGUAUGCUCCCUGAAUCCGUUGUUCUCAUGAUGUAUGGAGUUUUGAUGGCUACCGGAGUGAAGGCUGGACUCAAGAUCGACCCCGGACAACUGGACACUUUCAUGUUCUUUAUGAUUCUCCUCCCAGCUAUUGUCAAUGACGCCGGAUUGUCCAUGCAGAAGAAGGAGUUCACCAUUGCUCUUCCGAAGAUUCUUCUCUUUGCAGUCUUUGGAACUGUCAUUCAUGCAUUGCUCUUGGCCAGCACCAUGUAUGCCAUCGAGUUUCUCUUUGAUUUCAAGCCAGGAUUUCUCCAUCUUUUCGUCUUCUCAGUUCUUAUCAGUGCUGUCGACCCGGUAUCUGUUUUGAGUACCUUCGCUGAGUUAGAUGUCAAGAAGAGUCUCUUCAUCCUUAUCUUUGGAGAAUCUCUCUGCAACGACGCUGUUACCAUUGUUCUCUACCGUACCUCCAUCAACGUCAUCAAGACUUCGGAUGCCACUGACGAAAUGUUCACUAUUGCCUCGGUUGCUGGAAGCUGCUUGGUUCAAUUUAUCAUCGUCUGUGGAGCUGGUCUUCUCUGUGGAGCAAUCGUCGGAUUCCUUGGAGUUUUCAUCAUGAAAAACAUGGUCGGCCAUCAAAUGAGUCAGCCAAUCUUCCAACUGUUCUGCCCAUACUUGGCAUACCUCUUGGCUGAAACUGGUCACUACUCUGGAAUUCUCGCCUCCAUCCUCUGUGCUGGAAUCAUGUCGUAUUACAUGGCGGCUAACAUGUGUGUGGAAAUGGAAUUCGCUGCGUUCACUUUCUCGAAGACUGGAUCAUCGCUCUCCGAGUCUUGCAUCUUCUUCUACCUCGGUGUCUCUCUUGUCUCGUACAACCAUGAGUUCGACUACUACUUCAUUGCUAUCACUGUCUUGUGCUGCACGCUCUACCGUUUCAUAGUUACCUGCGCCCUCUCCGCCUUCUACAAUCUAUUUGCCUCGAAGGAGGAUCGAAUUCCAUUCGCCGAUCAAUUGGUUGUCACCCACGCAGGAAUCCGUGGAGCUGUCUGUUUCGGUCUCGUCCAAAUUAUAGACGAAAGAAUCAUCCCAGCCAAGCCUUACUUCGUCACUACCACUCUCGCUAUGAUCUUCAUCACCUCUAUCCUCCAGGGCUGCACUAUCAAGUUUGUCAUGAAGUGUCUCAAGAUCCCCGGUGACGAUGGAAUCAAACAGAAAGAUCCAGAAGUUCUCACGUGGUUCACUAACUUCAACGAUAAGUAUAUCAAGAGAUGGCUUGCUUCAGAGAACACUUACCUCCCGACCGAUGAGACCUUCCGAAAUCUUGGACUUCCCAAAGCUGUCAGCACUGCACUUCGUAUUGGUGAACGCAGUCACACCGAUCUCACUCGCCACGGAGAAGUUUCCCACACCCAGAUCCCAUCUAUCAGCCGUCCAACUGUUGCUCCAUUUGCUCCAUUCGUUGACUUCUCAAGCCUUGAUGAUGGAGAUGAUCGCCAGAAAUCCACCGGAAGACGUACCCCGGUCAGCAGAAACCAAACACGCUACUCCCGUCAUUUCAUCUAUGCUAUUCCAACCGAGGCUGAUAACUACUUGACCUGCCCAGUUAGCGCAUCGAAACGCCCACCAUUCGAUCCAAAUCAAUUAUACAACAACCAGAACACCGUCAGCAACCCAGGAGAUGCCGAGAGAGCCCGCUGCUACAACCGUCGCCACAACUCGAUGAGCGGAGCCGACAGUGUUGAAUUGAAGCAACUUCGAGAGCCAAUUGCCAAGAAAUUGUCCCGUACCAUCACCAGCGGAAACAAGCAAUUCGUCAUCAACCCAGAUGAGGCAAUCAGUGAGGAAUCGCCAGCAGCUAUCCCAAAGAAGAGAGCCACCUUUGAAGACGACGAGAUCUCCAAGAUUGAUGACAGCGAGUAA